AUGGCCGAGCGAAAUCUACACCGGCCCAACGAUGCUAGUGCUGGCCGGUUUUCGGCCCCUCCGUUGCCUGGACGGAACUUGGAGCCACUCUCCUCAAACAAAGCGAAGGAUGGCCUUAGGAUGUCACCCGUUCCCAGUCCACCGAAGUCUCGCAAGAGCAUCCGUGCACCAGAGCGCUUAGCAGAACGGCUAAAGGGCGGACAUGUCCGUGGCAUGCUUGCGCGUGCUGGUCUCCGACAGAUCGUCGAGGAGCAAAAGGUGGAGCCAGGUCGCUGGAGCCACAACGGCCGGGGUCUCUUCACUGAACUCGUGCAGGUAACACAGGGCUCCUCGAUGUCUGAUCUGCUCGUCGCCCUGACACGCGUCAAAGCCUUGGAAGUUGAACACUGGCCCGAGAGUAUAAAGGCUACCGAAAAGCUCGAACUGCUCCGAUCGCUGCAGAAUCGAUUGCAGUCGGCGCUGAGCUGCAGCAACAUCGAGGAAAUUGAGAUGCUGCUGCAGAGCGUGGCAGUGGGAAUACGAAGCCAUCCCGACUUCUGCUUGCUCGUGGCCGCUGUCGAGCAGCGACUUCAGAAACUGCGAAGCCUGCGACGGGAGCUGAGAUGCGCGGCCCGGUCUUCCGACGUCAUCCUGCUGGCUGGCUCGCUGCGGAUGGCAGAUGAGCUCGAGGUAAGGAGCAACCAAGCAGCGACUCCUUGGAAAGAAGUCGAGGUUGCGGAAGUCCGCUUGAAGGUACUGCACGCGCUGAUUGCGAAAAUGACAGCUCUCUUGGGCAUCGUGGGCGAGGUGGACGAGGCAAUCUACCUGGAGGUGCUGGGACAUGCCAGCAGAGUCGUCGAGGAUGAUCCACCACCCCCUAUAGGAUCGGUUCUCAAAGCAGUCAGGGAGCAAUUCCAGCAGAGGUUUGGCCAUGACUACAGCCCAACGGUUGCUGCAGAGAUGGCAGCGAACAGGGCUCAGCAGGAUGCGUCUGCUGGCGUUUCAAACCAGCAAAGGCACCCCGAAGCCACAGGGGGCGAGCUGCAAGCAAGUGCCGGAGCAUCCCACGAGGUUCCUGUGCAGCACCUCGACAGUGCUGGCAGCCUGGUCUUCGAGGACGACCUCGACUCGGGCGAACAGAUCAUGGGCCGGGUUAUGCAGUCGGAGCUGGCAAAAAUCAGGCUUCCAAUCUCUGAGGAUGAAGCGAGACCUGCUGAACCGGUUCUGCAUCGAGAGCCGGGAGGCAACGAGGACGCCUACAGCAGCAUGUGUCAACAGCUGGUGGACGACCUCGUGGCGAGAGAGCUGGAAGACGUCGGGAACCAGAAUCAUGCCAGCCUUGCCUACCAGAGCAACACGCCGCGACCCGUGACCGCCACAUCUUCGGCCGACACUGUGCUGAUGAGCAUAGUUUACGGUGCCACCUCACAGGGCGGCGAGCAUGCUUACUCGGCCCCGUCAUCGCUUCGGCCAGAGCCAGAGCCAGAACGCAAAGAUGGCAAUGUCUUGGAGGAUGAUGCGGGUAGGAGCAGCCGUGCCAUUGCUGAUGGCCUCGUCCAUGAAGGUUUGCGACCCCUUGUGCAAACUCCAUCAGCCGAAACAGUGCCAACCAGUGGCAGGCAAAGCGCCAAUGCAGACUCCCGGGCCUCGCAGGUCUCUGAGCAGAAAUUGGACGCCUCCAAAGGGUCGCGCGUGAAUCCAGGCAGCUGUAUCCCGAGCGCGCCGUCGCGGGAGGCCAAGAGCAGUGUCGCCACGUUGCCCAUGGAGGAGUCCGGCGCAUCCCUGGUCGGAGGCAUCGUACAGACUGAGCUGGAAAACCUGGGAGAGGAAGAAAGUAACGUCAUGCUGAACCUCGAGGAAGAGAGCAACGCUGCAUCGAAGCCAGCCACCUCUGAUGCUGGGACAUUCGAGGAUGUCGUCUUCCAGCAGACGCUGCAAGAUCAGCUUGCGGUCCUGCACGUGCCGGAUGAAGAGGAUGCUGCAGAUGCUGAGGUGGCAGAGGUGCUUUCCAAAGCAUGUUCUGCAGCUUGGUUGGAGGAUCGUGGUUGCUCUUCGGUACCACCUGGCCGACAAUCAGGAUUGUCGCCCGUGGCAGAAGUCGCAUGUCCACCGGCAAGUCCGACAUCGCGUGUGGAGGAGUCGUUGGCGGAAGAAGCGGUGCAGAGUGCGCUGCGAGACGCAGGUGAGGUUGCCAUUUCGGAUGGUGGUUCCAGUCGCGGAAGUGACGUCGUGGCAAGCCAGAUUGCUGGCUGUCUGGCCUGGGCCCUGGCUCCUUGA